AUGGAUUCUCAAACAAUAUUCUCAAGAUAGGUUACAAUAGAGGAUUGGAAACAAGAUAAAUUAUCCUAAUAAAUAGUUCUUAUUCUUGGAGUAGGAGGUAUUGGUUCUGUAGCAACCACUAACCUACUCAGAUUAGGAGUUAAGAAAAUCUUUCUAGUGGACUAUGAUCACGUCGAACUUCAUAAUCUAAAUAGAUAAAUACUCUAUUCAAAUAAAGAUGUGAAUCAAUAGAAAGUCAAGGCUGCUUUUGAAAAUGCCACCUUUCAUAACGUAGGCAAUGCUGAAAUUUAAAUGUUUGAUUUAGAUGCUGUUAAAAACUGGGAUAAAAUUGUAGAGCUGGCUUCAUAAUCAACUGCAAUUUUCAACUGUAUUGAUUAUGGAGAUUAUUGGGAUGCUGCAGUAUAAAGUUUAUGUCUUUAUUACAAAAUUCCAAUGAUUAUAGCAGGAAGUUUUGCACAAUCUUUCAUGGCAGAACUAUAUCUUGGAACCCCUUGCUAUGCAUGCAUGACGGAUGGUCUUAAGGAAGAGUAUUUGAAUCAAAUCACUCAAGAGAAUAUUACAUAACUCAAAGACAUUUCUUUCCUACCUGCAAAUAAUAAACCAUAAGGUCAAUCUCAUCAAGUAUUGUGUUCUACAGCUGGUAACUUUGCAACACAAUUACUAUUAAAUUAUCUAAACGAAUAAGCUGAUAGCCAAACAAGCAAGAAAGUCUUGUUUUAUUUGACAACAUUUGAAGUAGUUAUAUUUCCUGUAUUUUCAAAAAAUAACUGCCAUAUCUGUAAAUAUUAAGAACCUGCAAAAGAGUAGCAAAUCUAAGCAACAGAACCUGCAAAAGAAUAAUAAAUAUAGGCUACAGAACCUGAAAAAGAGAAAUUGGUGUAGGUACCAGAACCUGAAAAAGAGCAAUUAAUAUAAGCAACAGAAACUGAGAAAGAGUAACAAGAAUAAGCAACAGAAUCUAUUCAAAAACAAAAUUGA